UGUUAUGUUAAACUAUCAUCAAAUACUGUAGUAUAGAAUAUCGGCUUUGGCUUUGGUUUUGCUCAGAAAUUGCAAGUUAGAGAGGAGAGGAGAUGAGAAUGAGAAGAGAUUCUAAGUCGAGAGAUUAGAUUCAAAUGAUUUAAAUAAUAUUUAUUUUUAUAGAUUUAGAUUUAGGCUUAGACUUUAGAGACUUAGAUCAGAUGCAAAAAAUUGAUUGAGAGAAAAAAAUGGAGGUUGACUUUUCUUUGUCUAGCUAGCCAUUACCAAGGGAGCUAAGCUAAGAAGAGAACCCAGAAACUGAAUCACCAAAUCAAACCAAACCCAACCAAAAGAAUGGCAAUGGAAAUGGAAUUGGGUUGGCGGAGCAGGCUACAGGAUGCCAAGUCCAAGCCUCUCUUCCUCACCAUCUACGCCACUGUCAUCAUAGGCGUUCUCGUCUCCUCUUUCUACGUCUUCUCCGCUGUCUACUCUGCUAGCUCUCUCUCUAACUCUUUCUCUUCUCUUUCAACCACUCCUAUGGCUAUGGCUGUAGAUGAAGCCCCCAAUUCCUCUCAACCACCGUUACACCACGAUGCACUGCCCACGCCUCCCCCUGACACUCCAAUCAUGCGCCAAAAACCUAUUUGGGAACGUCCACGCACUGAAAAAAUGCCCCCUUUGGACCAUUUUCGGCUCACUAAGGAGCUUGUUCGGCAAAGGGUCCAAGAUAAUGUCAUUAUAGUCACAUUUGGUAACUAUGCUUUCAUGGAUUUCAUUCUCACCUGGGCUAAGCACUUGUCAGAUCUCCAAGUUUCUAACUUUCUUGUGGGUGCAAUGGACACCAAAUUGUUAGAGGCUUUGUAUUGGAAAGGGGUUCCUGUGUUUGAUAUGGGCAGUCAUAUGAGCACUAUAGAUGUUGGAUGGGGCUCACCCACAUUUCACAAAAUGGGCCGAGAGAAAGUUAUUCUUAUUGAUUCCAUCCUUCCUUAUGGUUUUGAGCUGCUGAUGUGUGAUACAGACAUGGUUUGGUUAAAGAAUCCACUUCCUUAUCUUGCCCGGUAUCCCGAAGCAGAUGUCUUGACUUCCAGUGAUCAAGUUGCACCGACGGUUGUUGAUGACAGUCUGGACCGGUGGCAACAAGUUGGGGCUGCCUACAAUAUUGGAAUUUUCCACUGGCGGCCAACAGAUUCUUCGAAAAAACUGGCAAAGGAAUGGAAAGAUAUGCUUCUAACCGAUGAAAAGAUUUGGGAUCAGAAUGGUUUUAAUGAGCUUGUCCACAAGCGGUUAGGACCAUCAGUUGAUGAAGAAAGUGGCCUUGUGUAUGCUUAUGAUGGAGAACUCAAGCUAGGAAUUUUACCAGCAAGCAUAUUCUGUAGUGGACAUACAUAUUUUGUCCAGGCUAUGUAUCAGCAACUCAGAUUGGAGCCCUAUGCUGUGCACACAACAUUUCAGUAUGCGGGCACAGAUGGAAAGCGUCAUAGACUACGUGAAGCCAUGGUUUUCUAUGAUCCACCAGAAUAUUUCGACGCACCAGGAGGUUUCUUGUCAUUUAAGCCAUCUAUUCCUAAAAGCUUAUUGCUUGAUGGGGAGCAUACUAUUGAAUCACACUUUUCUCUUAUAAAUUAUCAAAUGAAACAAAUAAGGACAGCUCUCGCAAUUGCGUCUCUUUUGAAUCGCACACUGGUCAUGCCUCCAUUAUGGUGCAGGCUGGAUAGGCUUUGGUUUCCACACCCUGGAGUUUUGGAGGGCUCUAUGACUAGACAGCCUUUUCUUUGCCCUCUGGACCAUGUGUUUGAGAUAAAUGUCAUGCUCAAAGAAAUGCCCGAGGAAUUCGGUCCUGGGAUAGGCAUUAGAGAAUAUUCUUUCUUUGACAAUCCAUUACUGCCUAAACAGGUUAAAGAUUCAUGGCUUGAUGUUCAACUUUGCAAAGAAGGAAGUCAAGGGUGUGCCUUAAACCACACAAGUCGACCGGGUGUACUCAGACUCCCAAAGCGCAGCAACGAAGAAACGCUCAAGACGGCAUUAUCAUCAUUCAAGGAUGUCAAAGUUAUUCAGUUUUCUUCUAUGCAAGAUGCCUUCCUUGGUUUUACAGACAAGACAAGGGAAGAGAAAUUCAGAGGACGUGUGAAGAGAUAUGUUGGAAUAUGGUGUUGUGUGGCGGGUCAUGAUCCAGGUCACAUAUACUAUGACAUUUAUUGGGAUGAAAAGCCUGGCUGGAAGCCAAUUCCGCCCCAGAGACCCGAGGAUGAUCAUCCACCUACCUGACCUGACUGACUCAAUCUUUAGUUUUGAGUUUUUUAGCCUUUUAUAGCACACGAAUAUCAGGAGAAGGUUUUGGUUAUAAGUUAUAGACUUGCUCUCCAAACCAGGGGUUUUUUUGUAUAUGUAAAAAGAGAAAACCCCAUCCUUAUUUGAGAAACUAAUUUAUUUAAGAGGCCACUCAUUUCUUUUGUAAUGCUAUAUUUUUUUGUCACCCUGAAUAAAAUAGAUGAGAGGAAUAUAAGGGCAUAUACAAUUCUUAAA